AUGAAGUCGACGAGAGGACCUGCAGAGGCGACCAGCAAAAAGCGACUCUUCGUGGAGAGCAUUGUCGACCUCACAAGCCUACCGCCAUCGCUUGUCGAAGGCGUCAUCCGCGACAAGAGCGACGACUUUGAUCUUCUCUCUCCAGCUCAAUACUAUGAAAGCCUAGUUGACUUCACACUCUACGUCCGCGAGCACGACAAUCCGUUUCAGCUUUUCUCGCCUUCGAAACAACUACCGACAGCACCCGUCCUACACGACCUUGGCUGCAUCGUCCUAGAAGCGUCUCGCGGCUCUAAGAGCGGCCUCGCGGCGACACUCUGGUUCGCCGCCGCGAACUGGGGCUUCGCGCCGUCCGCGUGCAGCUUCGCCGCCAUGCUCGCACGCUCCGGCCAGUACGGUAAGGACUCCGUGACCGCUCCCGCCGAGCAGCGCUUCCGCGCACUCGUCCGGGCCGGCGACCCUGUCGCCGCCGCCAUCGAGGGCGAGAUCCUGUACCAACAGGGCAAGUACGCCGAGGCCGAGGCGGCGCUCCUCCGCGUGCAGCGCCGGCAAGCCGCCGGGACCGCCGACCUGGGCAGCUGGGAGCCCAACUUUCGCCUGGCGCUGGGGAGGACGCUGGGGAGGCGCGGCAAGGCGGACCAAGCGGUCGCCAUCCUGCGAGGGUUGUCGGACGAGGGCUACAUCGCGGCCGACGCGGAGCUCGGCAGGCUGCUGCGUGGCGCGGACCCGGACGCGGCGAUGCAGUAUCUCUUCAGGCCGGGCUGCACGGGUGCGCUCAGCUGCUUCGAAGAGAUGGCGGCUAUUGAGCUGGACAAGGCGGCCAAGGCAGAGAAGCCGAGCGACGCCGCUGACCAUCGGCUCUGGGCGGAGGAGCUGACACGUCUUGCAGAUAAGAAUGCGGAAUUCUAG